AUGCGGAAUCUUCUUCCGUUUCUUCUCGUUGCAAUUCUGGGCCUCGUACAGGCAUUGAGUAGUACUGGAAACAGAUUACUGGUUGUGUUAGAGGAGCAAUCGGCAAAGGCGUCUUUCUCACAAUUUUGGGCAGAUCUCGAAGCCCGAGGUUACAAGAUAUCGUUUGAAUCCCCGAAGAAUGAAAGGCUUUCCUUGUUCAAGCUCGGCGAGCGAUCCUAUGACCACCUCCUUCUCACCCCUCCGAAGUCCAAGGGCUAUGGCCCUGCUCUGAUGCCUAAAAUUCUUCUCGAUUUUAUAAAUGGUGGCGGCAACAUUCUUCUUGCCCUGUCAGCGAACUCUCCUACACCUGCUGCUAUUAGUUCCCUUCUCCUUGAGCUCGACAUUCACUUAUCCCCAGACCGAUCCUCUAUUGUUGUUGAUCACUUCAAUCAUGACAUAUCCACUGCAGCCGAGAAGCACGAUGUUCUCCUUGUUCCACGGCCCGAAGCUCUGAGACCUGACGUGAAGAACUACUUUGGUGGGGAUGGAGUUGUUGCUGUACCACGAGCCGUUGGGCAAACCCUUGGGAAUGACAGUCCGCUUCUGGCGCCCAUUCUUACUGCUCCCGAGACAGCAUAUAGCUAUAAUCCGAAGGAAGAAAGUGAAAACAUCGAAGAUCCUUUUGCCACUGGGGGCCAGCUGGCCUUGAUCACUGCAAUGCAAGCUCGAAAUUCUGCGCGUUUCACGGUGCUUGGAUCGUUGGAGAUACUAGAGAACCAGUGGUUCGAGGCCAGUGUCAAGACACUCGAUGGAAAGUCGAAAAAGACUGUCAAUAGAGAAUUUGCGAAACAGCUUUCUGCCUGGACAUUUAAGGAGACGGGGUUGCUGAAGGUUGGAAACGUCGAUCAUUACGAAAUCUCUGGCUUGUCACGCAAGGGUGGAAAUGCAUCGCAGGUUGGCUACCUCAAUCCCGCAAUUUACAGGAUCAAGAAUGAAGUGGCAUUUUCCAUCGAAAUUUCAGAGUAUGAGCUUGAUCACUAUAUACCUUUCACCGUACCCCCUGGCGAUGCUUUACAGCUUGAAUUUACCAUGCUUUCACCCUACCAGCGUCUGCCACUCUUGCCGACAACUCAAACUCCCAAUAGCACCAUCUUCAGCACCUCUUUUACCGUGCCCGAUCAGCAUGGUAUAUUUACAUUCAAAGUCAACUACAAACGCCCCUUUUUGAGCUAUCUUGAAGAGAAGAGAACAGUCACCGUGCGGCACUUCGCUCACGAUGAGUGGCCGCGAAGUUGGGCUAUUACUGGUGGCUGGCCAUGGAUCGCUGGGCUAUGGAGUGUGGUUACCGCUUUUCUGGCGUUCGUGGCGCUUUGGCUGUAUUCUGAACCACCAAAAGACGGAAGUAGUAUCAAAUUUCUUGGGGGCAAAUAG